AAUAAUCAUUAUUAUAAAAUGAAAAAGUUUAUAGUUAAAGCCGUUGGCUCUUUCACUUCCCACCUCGGAAUCUCUAAAGCUCUUACAGCCACAACAACCAGAGAAACAAUGGCUGUGGCUUGGCCUCUUCUUCCUCCUCCUCUCAAUUCUUCCUCCAGUUCUCCAAUUACGAUCCGACCCACCUCCACAACUUCAAAACCCCAACUGCUAUUCACGAAUCGCACACAAAGUAGUAAAAGUAAACGAGGAACCGUGCUCAUAACCAACGCCACGCCCAACAAAAACGACAAUGAUAACGAUAAAGACUCCGAUUCACCGGCUUUCAACCCUUUUGGAUUCGUUACCGAUAAUCCCUCGAGUCGAAGUGCCAUUCAGAUCGAGGAGAGCCCAGCAGAGGCUGGCAAUGUCGGCCAAAUGCUCUAUAGGACAGAAUAUAAAGGGAAGGAAUAUGGUUCCACAAUCAAAUCUGGAAAAUUGAGAUGGUUUGUCAGAGAAACAGGGUCGGUUGAUAGCCGAAGAGGAACUAUUGUCUUCCUUCAUGGGGCUCCAACACAGUCCUUUAGCUACAGAAAUGUCAUGUCUCAGUUGUCAGAUCUUGGAUUUCAUUGCUUUGCACCUGAUUGGAUAGGAUUUGGUUUCAGUGAUAAGCCACAGCCGGGUUAUGGAUUUGAUUACACAGAGAAAGAGUUCCAUGAUGGACUUGACAAUUUGCUUGAUGUACUUGGUGUCAAAUCUCCUUUCUAUCUAGUUGUUCAGGGGUUUCUUGUUGGUUCAUAUGGAUUGACAUGGGCCUUGAAAAAUCCAAGCAGAAUAUCAAAGCUGGCGAUUUUGAAUAGUCCAUUGACUGCUUCAUCUCCCGUUCCAGGAUUGUUCCAGCAACUAAGAAUCCCCUUCUUUGGUGAGUUUACUUGCCAGAAUGCUAUUAUGGCGGAGCGCUUUAUUGAAGCAGGUAGCGCAUAUGUCUUAAAGCUGGAAAAGGCUGAUGUCUAUCGGUUACCAUACUUGUCAAGUGGUGGACCUGGUUUUGCUUUGCUUGAAGCUGCAAGGAAAGUUAAUUUCAAAAGUAUCUUAACCCAAAUAGAAGACGGUUUCGCAUCUGAAAGAUGGGAUGCACCAAUAUUAGUUGCAUGGGGAUUAUCAGACAAGUAUCUGCCUCAAUCUAUUGCAGAAGAAUUUCAGAAAAGAAACCCUUCUGUCAAACUUAAGUUGAUAGAAGGUGCAGGGCACAUGCCUCAGGAGGACUGGCCCGAGAAAAUUGUUGAUGCUCUAAGAGCAUUUUUCUGAAGGUCAACACAUAAGAAGUUUGCUUCUUCUGAAAAGGCAUGGGACAACAAUUGAAAGUUGGAUCACUCUGCUAACUUGAAUCUAUUAUGCUUUGUCUUCUUGUAAUUAGUACGUGUAUAUAAUGCCUUUUAAUAUACAUUCAGAAAAUGCAGUGAAAGACAAAAGUUUACCGUAUUUGUCUUUAUAUUAUUCAAGCAACAAGUGUUCAUACA